CCUGGACGCACUUCAGUCUCUCUGCCGAGGUUUCACUUGUUCCUCUGAGCUUCCUUCUCGUCAGCGCACAGAGGUCACCUCCUAACAUGGCUCGGAGACCCUGGCUCUUGCUAAGUAAUUUCUUGUUUGUUCUCUCGUUUGGCGCGGAAGGGGCAUACAGCAGGGAGAGAGUUUACUUUAUCGGAAUCAUAGAGGACGACUGGUCUUACGCACCGAGUGAGAAAAAUCUACUGAACGGCCAAAACAUCGAAGAUGACGAACAUGCAUCUAUUUUCCUGGAAAGAGGGAAAUACCGCAUUGGCAGUACCUACAAGAAAGCAAUGUACAGAGAGUACACAGACGCCACCUACAGCCACCUGGCGGCCAGGCCAGAUUGGCUUGGUUUUCUAGGACCCAUAUUGCGAGCUGAGGUUGAUGAUGUCAUCAUAAUUCACCUAAAAAACUUUGCUAACAGGAGCUACUCCAUUCACCCUCAUGGACUUUUCUACGAGAAGAACACAGAAGGAGCUCUUUAUCCAGACAAGACACACAGUGAUUUGAAGGAGGAUGACUCUGUCCCUCCAGGGGGCAACUACACUUACCGCUGGGAGGUAAGACCGAGGUUUGCCCCCACAAACGAUGACGCCAACUGCCUGACUUGGGUCUAUCACUCCCAUAUUGAUACUCCAAAGGAUAUUGCUUCAGGCCUCAUUGGACCUCUCAUCACAUGCAAGAAAGGAAUUCUGAAGAAUCCUGGAAGACACGUUUCAGAGUCGGCCCGCAAGGAUGUCGAUCAGGACAUCUAUUUGUUGUUCAGUGUGAUGGAUGAAAACCUGAGCUGGUACCUGGAAGACAACAUUGAGAGAUGCUUGGAACCAGAUAAGGUCUCUUUAGACGAUCCAGAGUUUGAAGAGUCAAACUUGAUGCAUGCUAUAAACGGGUACACAUUUGGCAAUCUGCCUGGUAUUAAGCUCUGCCAGCACCGGCCUGUAGCCUGGCAUUUAUUUGGGAUGGGUAACGAAGUGGAUAUCCACAGUGCUUUUUUCCAUGGAAACACUCUGCUGGACCGAGGCCACCGCACUGACACCAUCAGCCUGUUUCCAGCCACGUUUGCUACUGCUACAAUGGUCCCAAAAAUGAGAGGAAAGUGGCUGCUGAGCUGCCAGGUUAAUGACCACUUACAAGCUGGCAUGCAGGCCUUUUACGAAGUGAUGUCAUGUGACUCUUCGUCUGGCAGCACAACAAUACCUGGUGUUGUCAGAAAUUUCUACCUGGCAGCAGAGGAAGUCCAGUGGAACUAUGCUCCCUCAGAAAAGAAUUUGAUUAAAAACACAUCGCUUACUGAAAAGGGCAGUGCAUCAGAGGUGUUUUUUAGCCGAGAUAACGGAACAAUUGGAGGUACCUAUGUAAAAGUAAUAUACAAAGAGUACACAGACAAUACCUUCACCCAUGUCAAAGCAUCACCCUCCGAUCAUGGACUCUUGGGUCCUGUUCUGAGGGCAGAAGAGGGAGAUAUUCUAAGAGUGACAUUCCAGAACAAGGCUAAUAAAAGCUACAGCAUUCACCCUCAUGGACUUCACUAUGAGAAACAUUUUCAGGGAACCAGCUAUGAAGAUGGUUCUGACAAUCCAGGGUCACAUGUUGACCCGGGUAAGGAAUUUGUCUACACUUGGCGGGUGCUGGAAGGCCCGUCGUCAUCCGAUUCUCCCUGUAUUCCCUACAUGUACUACUCCGCCACGGAUCCUGUCAGGGAUACCAACUCUGGAUUAGUUGGACCGCUACUUGUGUGUAAACGAGGAGCGCUGGGGAAGAAUGGAAUCCAGAAGGGGGUUGACAAGGAGUUUUUCCUCCUUUUCUCUGUCAUGGAUGAAAACUUGAGCUGGUAUUUGGAUGAAAACAUCAAGCUUUUCGGCAGUGCUGAGACAGAUGUAGAAGACGAGAACUUUGUGGAGAGCAACAAAAUGCAUGCUGUAAAUGGACUCAUGUACGGGAACCUUCCGGGGCUGGAAAUGUGUGCCGAGGACAAUGUUAUGUGGUACACCUUUGGGCUUGGUACAGAGGCAGACAUACACGGAGUGUAUUUUGAGGGAAAUACCUUCAAGAAACAGAGCACUACACGUGAUACAGUCAACCUGUUUCCCCACACUACUGCAGCUCUCUCCAUGCAGCCAAAUAAUCACGGUUUGUUUGAGGUGGACUGCAGAACAACAGAUCACUUCUCAGCUGGCAUGAGGCACCUUUACAAAGUCAAACCUUGCAAGGGCAAAACAAUUCAUGCCUCACACUCAGCCCCUACCAGAAUUGUGAAGUAUUAUAUCAGUGCAGAGGAAAUUGAAUGGGACUACUCACCCACAAGAGACUGGGAGCUGGAGAAACACAAAACAGAUCCAGAGAAGAGUCCAGGCAAUAUAUUUGUGGGUAAAGGGGAGAACAAGAUUGGCUCCCAGUAUAAGAAGGUAGUGUAUCGUGAAUACACAGAUGAAACCUUCAAAAAUCAGAAGCCCCGGCAGGAACACUUGGGCAUCUUGGGUCCGAUAAUCCACGGAGAGGUGGGAGAGCAGAUUCUGAUUAUAUUCAAAAACAAAGCCAGUCGGCCUUACUCCAUCACACCACACGGAGUCAAGGCCAGUGGUUCACACAUUGCUGUUCAACCUGGCCACAUUCUUGAGUUGACUUGGGAUAUUCCUGAAAGCUCUGGCCCAACAAAUUCAGAUCCUAACUGCAUUACUUAUGCUUACUUCUCAUCAGUUGACUACAUCAAGGAUCUCUUUAGUGGUCUUCUUGGGCCCCUGGUGAUAUGCAGGCCUGAAACUCUGCACCAUGGCAAGUUGGGCGACAGACAAAGGCGAGAUAUAGACAGGGAGUUCGCGCUGCUGUUUUUGGUGUAUGAUGAAAACCAGUCCUGGUAUUUGGAUGACAACAUUAAGACAUACCUUGGCGUUGAUCCUGGAACAUUUAAGAAAGAUGAAGACUUUGAGGAGAGCAACUUGAUGCACGGAAUUAAUGGCAGACUGUAUGGUAACCUCCAUGGUCUGGUGAUGAAGGAGAAUGAGAAAGUCGACUGGUAUCUACUUGGCAUGGGCAAUGAAGUAGACAUGCACACAGUUCACUUUCAUGCCGAAACCUUCAUCUACAGGACGGAGCAUGUGCAUCGUGCAGAUGUUUUCGAUUUGUUCCCUGGAACGUUCCAGACUGUUGAGAUGGUGGCGGAAAACCCAGGGACAUGGCUGCUCCACUGUCAUGUGUUUGACCACAUCCACGGAGGCAUGGAGACCACUUAUACAAUAAAAGCUACAGAAAGGCACUUGCCAGCUACAGCACCAGAACAUAAAGUCAGUUUCAAGACCCUGCUGUUCGCAUCUGGAUUCGGUCUACUAGUCAGAAGAAUUUAUAGAUAAGGGACAGACGAUUGACAAUUAUGGUCAAUAAUGCACCUUUCUUUUGAUUACUUAAUGUAAUCAAAACUAUGUAAGAUAAUGCAUAGUAGAUUGUAUUGUGUAUGUUAUGUCAACCACUGGAUGGUCAUGCCUAUUUCAAUAACGGGAUGGUAUUUUUGAAUUGUGCACUGUCAAUUCAUUAUUUAAAAAGAGAGAUGUUGAACCAAAUAUUUUAAGUUGGUUUUGAAUGUAUGGGUAAAUCUAUUUCUUCAAGCUGUUUUGUACUCUCGAUUUGUUUUUGACAAAAAGAAAGACCAGUGUUUUUUUGUUUUUCUUUUUUGACUUCUGCAUGUGAGCAUCUCUUACUACCACAAGGUGGUGAUCAUUCAUGCAUCCAUUCAGUCUGGAAACAAAUGGAAAGUUUUGUUUAAAUGGGGAACAAGAAACUAGUGCUGUAGUUUUAAACCAAACUUCAUUCAAGCCAUGUGUUGUUUUUCAUGAGGUGCAUUUUGUUUCUAAUUUAGUUAUUAACUGAAAUUACAUUUUAACCUUGGUAAAGUGCUCAUGUUUUGGUUACACAACGACUGUUUGUGAGUCUGGUGGACUUGCUGAAUUUUACUGUUGAAAUUCAGCACAAAAUAAAGGUUUUACUUUAAAAAUUCAAAACACAUUUUCCUUUCAAUUACAUCAACAUAAACAGAAAAAAAUGUUGAUUUUUGCCUUUAGACUUUAAAAGAAAACUUUAUAAGAAAAAAAAAUGACUCAUUCAUGCUUGCUCUAUGACAAAAACAUCUAAAUUUAUAAAGAACCAAAUGUGAUUGUAGUGUGUCUUAAUCUUAAUAUGGCUAGAAGACUUUAUGUUUUUCCUCAAGAAGUCCAUUAGUUGGUCACCAAACAUUUUCAAACAGGCCUGUAGAUGGAUUUCCUUAUGCCAGACAUCUUAUUAUUCAAAACAAUGAGGCUAAAUAUAUAAAAUCUGAAUUUGGAGAUCUGUAUAACAAGCUUUAUGUCUCCAUGGAGCCCACAGAGCCUGAAAUGUGGGAAAAACUAGUGCCUUGAAAUUUUAAAACUGAUUUUUUUUUUAUUUUUUUAUUUUUAAAGUUCAGAACCUUUAUAUAUGUGCUUAAAUUCCUCCUCUGGUGUCUUCCCUAAUAAACCAGAAAUAUAAUGAGAUGGAUAAACCCUUUGAAGUAAAAAAGUAAUGCACUGUUGAUUAAUUCCAAUCGUGGUCUAUUUGUGUAUGCAAGAUUUUGUGAUAAGAUUGAAUAAUUGUUAAGCCUUUCAUGGGCACUUAUAGUCCCAAGUCUAGCAGAUUGUCCAUCAUCAUUUCCUGAAGCACAAAUACAGGAUGUGAUGGAGGAGUGUUUCUUUACCUUUCAAUCUAACAGUUUUACCUGUGUUCCAGCAGAAAUUAGCAUAUCAGUGUUUAUGUCCCUGUGAUAGCUGUUGUUCACUCAGUGAUUGAUUUGCAUAUUGAUCACAUCAGAUCCAGAGUCCACUGCAAGUUAAGACAAACUCUACCCAAACUGAAAAACAACUUUUCACCAUCAUGGAUUUGUAACCCUUCCAAUUUUCAUGCAAUUCAUUUAAAUUUUAAAAUCUUUAGACAUGAAUAUUAUUGUAUGGAUGUAUAUGAAGAAUUACUGAUGACUGUUUUAUAUAUUUUUAGUCACAAAAUGGGUCAACAUGAACAGGCCUAAUAUUCAGCAUCCAAGAAUAUGUUUAUUGCAUAAAUUAAUACAUUAAACUAUCAAAAACCG